AUGGUGUUACCGCCUAAACUGCAUGAUAAACCUUCUUAUUCAGCAUAUAAUCCGUAUGUGGUUAACUAUGAAAUAAAAAUGUUCAUUGUGAGCUUUGUUUUUAUCGCUAAUCUUGUUGGGGUUUUUGUGGGAGAUAACUCUCUCAUGUUUUUGAGAGAAGUCUCUCUACCAGCAGAGAGGUCUGGCUUAGUUGUUCUGGUUAACAACACUAUUGUUAGAGGGGAAAGUUUAGUUUGGGAAGGACCCCGAUUUUUUGAUGUCACAUGCAUCAGCCUGUUGUAUGAGCAACCCGAAACGGUAAUAAUAGGAGGCGAGAAGAAGAAAACUUUUUCUCAUCCCUUGUUCACUACCACCCAAGGCUACCCAGCUGUUACAACGAGGGCUAAUAUUAUUUCAAACAGAGGAAGUUUCAUAUGUUCUCACUCCACACAUAAUCAAACUUUGAUAGUGGAGAAGAAGUUCAUUCUUCCAGAUUGGGACUCACAUGUUUCAGUAUUGAUCAUUAUAAUGACGACAAUGGUCUGCAGAUACUACGGACAACAGAAAGAAGAGGACAUGGGACAAAGGGAAAAAUUCCUUUCUCUGGUCUCUAAGGAGACUACUGUAUAA